AUGUUUAAAGAGGCAGAGCAAUGGCGCAAGGAGAACAAUGUGAACGAGCUUUACGAAUCUUUUAACUUCCCCGAGAGGGAGGCCGUGAGCAAGAUUUAUCCCCAGUACUACCACAAGAUUGACGCUAAUGGCCGUCCUGUGUACAUUGAACAACUCGGACGCCUGAACAUCAAGGAGCUAUUUGAAAUCACUACUCCAGAGCGACUCAUCCAGCAACUCAUCUACGAGUACGAAAAAUUUCAGCGCGAGCGUCUGCCUGUCUGCUCAGAAAUUCGCCACGAGUUGAUUGAGACGAGCUGUACGAUCUUGGAUUUGAAGAAUGUCGGUGUUAGCCAAUUCUGGAAGGUUUCUAGCUACGUUCAGCAGGCUAGCAAGAUUGGCCAGUACUACUACCCCGAGACCAUGGGUCGUUUCUACAUUAUUAAUGCGCCCUUUAUCUUUACCACUGUCUGGUCUGUAAUCAAGGGCUGGCUUGACCCUGUUACCACUGAAAAGAUCCAAAUCCUUGGCUCCAGCUACAUUGGUGAACUCUCCAAGCAGAUCCCAGUUGAGAGCAUCCCUUCGAUCUUGGGCGGCAAGUGCAACUGUCCUGGCGGGUGCGGGCUUUCCGACGCCGGCCCUUGGAACUCACCCGAGGGCGAAAGUAUCAUUAAGCAGGUCAAGACUGAAAAGAAACUACUUGUCGAAAAUUAUGACAGGAAACUCAAGGGCCUCCCGCCUGUCGGCGAGGACCAGGCUGAUUCGCAAGAGGGCGCCGAUGCUUCGGCGCCUACUUCAAAGGAAGAGGAUGGCGUAUCUCCCGUCGCGAACGCAUCGAGCCAGACUUUCCCGCGAGUCGCCGAGCAGUCUUUUACAAACCAGUCUGCUGUGACAAACGUAUCGUCACACCACUCAACGACAAUUGCAGGCGCUGCGCCUGCCAUCCUGCAGCCGAGCGGCUCGCUUGCGGAAAGCGCACAAGUGAUCGGUUCCUCUGAUAUGAUUGAACUGCCUACGUCGGCGCCCGGCGAACUUGCGCCUCCGAUCUCCAACCAAUAG